UUUCGACCCUCCCAUUUAUUGACCACGUAACAUUUAUUUCCUUUUUUUUCUUUUCCUAUAUCGUAAACUUGCCAAAUCUCUUUGCCAGCUUCAAAGUCUUUUGUUCUGAUUCCAUCAGUUGAGAUGGCUUCGACCACUCUAAUAUGCGACACCCAGCCAUGGAAGGACCUGAAGGCUCAUGUUGAGGAUAUCAAGAAAAUUCAUCUCCGUGAUCUCAUGAACGACAAGGAACGGUGCGAAUCGAUGAUGGUGGAGUUUGAUGGAAUCUUUUUGGACUACUCAAGGCAGUGUGCCACUCUUGACACCAUGGAUAAACUCUACAAAUUAGCAGAGGCUGCUUCUCUCAAACAACAAAUUAACCGAAUGUACAGUGGCGAGCAUAUAAAUAGCACCGAGGAUAGGUCAGUGCUUCAUGUAGCUCUUCGAGCACCAAGGGAUGCUGUUAUAAACAGUGAUGGCAAGAAUGUGGUGUCAGAUGUUUGGAAUGUUUUGGAUAAGAUCAAGGAUUUUUCGGAGAAAGUUCGCAGUGGCUCAUGGGUUGGAGCUACCGGGAAACCACUGAAGGAUGUUAUUGCCAUCGGUAUUGGUGGCAGUUUCUUAGGUCCUUUAUUUGUGCAUACUGCUCUCCAAACAGACCCUGAGGCUGUUGAAUUUGCAAAAGGACGCCAGCUACGUUUCCUCGCAAAUGUCGAUCCUAUUGAUGUUGCUAGAAAUAUUACUGGAUUAAACCCAGAAACUACUCUUGUUGUGGUGGUUUCAAAGACUUUCACAACAGCAGAAACUAUGUUGAAUGCUCGAACAUUAAGGGAGUGGAUUUCAUCUGCACUUGGGCUUUCUGCAGUUGCAAAACACAUGGUGGCAGUCAGUACUAAUCUAAAGCUUGUUGAAAAGUUUGGCAUUGAUCCUAAUAAUGCAUUUGCAUUCUGGGAUUGGGUUGGUGGUCGAUACAGUGUUUGCAGUGCUGUUGGAGUGUUGCCUUUGUCUCUGCAGUAUGGUUUUUCAAUAGUUGAAAAGUUCUUAAAAGGGGCGUCAAGUAUUGAUGAUCAUUUCCGUUCAGCUCCUUUUGAGAAGAAUAUACCUGUGCUUUUGGGUUUGCUCAGCGUAUGGAAUGUUUCAUUUCUUGGGUAUCCUGCAAGAGCUAUUUUACCUUACUCUCAGGCCCUGGAGAAAUUCGCUCCCCAUAUUCAACAGGUCAGCAUGGAGAGUAACGGAAAAGGGGUGUCAAUUGAUGGUGUGCCACUUCCUUAUGAGGCCGGUGAAAUUGAUUUCGGUGAACCUGGAACAAAUGGCCAGCACAGCUUUUAUCAACUAAUCCACCAGGGACGUGUAAUUCCCUGUGAUUUCAUUGGUAUUGUGAAGAGCCAGCAACCUGUGUACCUUAAAGGUGAAGUGGUCAGCAACCAUGACGAGCUUAUGUCCAACUUUUUCGCACAACCCGAUGCCCUGGCAUAUGGGAAGACAGAGGAGCAGUUGCUGAAGGAGAACGUUUCGCAGCAUCUUAUCCCUCAUAAGACAUUUUCUGGGAAUCGGCCUUCUCUCAGUCUUUUGCUUCCAUCUCUUAAUGCUUACAAUAUUGGGCAGCUUUUGGCAAGCUAUGAACAUAGAGUUGCUGUGGAAGGUUUUGUUUGGGGUAUUAAUUCUUUUGACCAGUGGGGAGUUGAAUUGGGGAAGUCACUAGCUACUCAAGUCCGGAAACAGCUUCACGCAUCACGUACAAAAAGUGAGCCUGUUGAGGGUUUUAAUUUCAGCACUACCAAAUUGUUAACAAGAUAUCUACAGGCAAGUUCCGACAUCCCAGGCGACCUGCCAACUCUUCUACCUCGGAUAUAAACUGUCCCGAUGCUGGUUUUAUUGCAACACCUCAUAACGUCAUCUGUAAUUGGUCUUGCUUCAAACUUUUCCCAUGUUGGUUUUGUUAUUUUUGGUUUCUGCAGGGAUCCAUUUAGCCCUUAGCGGCAUUUGGUUCACGGAAAAAGUCGAUCAUUGUCGGGAAAAUAAUCUUUUCGGAAACUAUAUCUGAUUAUCUGUUUCAGGAAUCUGAAAACACUAGAUGAUGGCGUGGUAAUAAAUUUUUGGGGUUUUA